AAUACCAAAUAUAUCCCUACCUUCAAAAACCCCAAUUCCCUUCUUUUCUUCUCCGCAGCGUUCACUCCUUCUGCUCUUCUCUCAUCCCUCAACUACCGCCACCGCCACCACCACUGACCACCGAAUUCCUCUCUCUCCGGCGGCUGCCGCGGCAACAUCUGAUAGAAAUCAAGCAUUUUCUCACUCGGAGCAAGAAAUUCUUAACAGGUUUAACGCUCUAAUUCCAAAUCAUACUAAUUAAUAAGCCAACCUAGUGUUUGAGGAGCAGCAGCAUUAACAAAAAGCAAGAAUAAAAUGAUGACAACGACGAUGACACUUUUGAAAGACAUUGUGCCUUCAGCUCAGAACAACAUUAACACCAAAUUCAUAGUUUUGGAGAAAGGCAAUGCAACACUGGAGGGCCAGAACAAGUUAUGCAUGGCUCUUGUGGCCGACGAGACUGCAGCCGUUCAUGUUCAGCUUUGGGGAGAUGAGUGCAAUGCUUUUGAGGGUGGCGACAUAAUUCAGCUGACCAAUGGCAUCUUCUCCUACCAACGCAACCACCUUGUGCUAAGGUCGGGCAAGAGAGGUAAGAUGGAGAAGGUAGGAGAGUUCACCAUGGCAUAUGUUGAGACACCAAAUAUGAGUGAGAUUCAUUGGAUUCCUGAUCCAAUGAAUACUAGCAAGUAUAUCCAGCAUCAAGUUAUAUCUGUCCACUCUCGCAUGUUUCCUCCCAUUGCCUGAGACUAAUGUGCUAUAAGAGGAAGCAUUGGUGUAAUGGAUUUGAGUGUGAUGGUGAAUCAAUGCUCUAAUAACUCCCUUCUUUAAUAUCUAUCUACUGCACUAUAAAUAGGUGUAAAUUUGGUCUCACUGUUGUUCUGAGCUAGAAGCACAAUGUCUACAAGAAGUGCCAUUAUCAUCGUUUUGUUCUUACCUUUUUGUUACUGCUGCUAGUCAAACACCAGGUUUAGUAUGAUUUAGAGUUAGAACGUAAGCCAUGUAUCAAAGAGGAAUACAUGUUUCAGAAUAUUAUUGAGGAGUAAAAUAUUUAUUGAAUAAACUAUUUUUCCAUACUUAUGGAAUUUGUUGGUGAAAAGGAAUCAUUAUUGAAGAUGUGU